AUGACAAUUAAAGGCGGCACAAGCCAAGCCUGCGCUGCAUGCAAAUACCAACGUCGCCGCUGCUCCAAAGACUGUGCCUUAGCGCCAUAUUUCCCAGCUGAUCAACCAAAGAUGUUUCAAAACGCCCAUCGCCUCUUCGGCGUCUGCAACAUAAUGAAAAUCCUUAGACAAGUCCACGCGUCUCAGAAAGACGAGACGAUGACAUCAAUUAUCUACGAGUCGAACAUGCGUGCUAGAUUCCCAGUUCAUGGUUGUUGCGGCGUCUUAUGGCAGCUCCAUUAUCAAAUACAACAAGUAGCUGAAGAACUUCGACAAGUAAGAACUAGACUAGCUAUGUUUAAAGAUCAAUUCAUUCCAGGGAUGGCCGAAGGGAAUUUCGGGAGCAACGACAUGGUUUAUCCGAUUUACACGCAACAACAGCAACAACAACAAUUACAACAAUACAAUUCGGGAUUACUUGUAAAUCAAGCAACAGAUGGGAAUGAUUUAUUAUUUGGAAAUGUGAACAGUGGGGGUAUUUAUCUAGAUAACGAUGAUAAUAAUGGAUUGAUGUUGAAGGACUUGAGAAUUCAACAACAUUACAAUGAUAAUUAUGGGAUUAAUAUUAGUAACGUUGAUUCGAUGCUGAUGCAAUCUAAUUUGAUACCGACAACCGUUCAAGGUUACCCUUUGCAACAAGAGAUGGAAAUUUCUCAUGAUUAUGACGAAAUUCCAUUUGACACAAUCGCUGAUGAUCGACAAUCAUAUAUUGAAUCUAAAGAAGCAUGCGAUUCUAGUGCGGAAUCGACGUUCAAAGAUGUGUCGGAAGCAUCAGCUGAGUAUGUUUCUAGGAGCGAUCUCAAGAACGCUGCAGCUUGCUUUAGUUUAACAAGUCAUAUCAAAUAA